AUGUCAUUUAACCAAUACGCUUUUGGUAGCAAUAAUAUCACUACAGAUGGAACUAUAUUUGGGGUCCUUAUCAAAUCCAUAAAUGGUAAAGUUGUCUUUAUAGAUUAUGAUUGGGUUGACGAGAAUGGAAAAGCAAUAUAUCCUCCAUUCCUGAACCUUGGUAUUCCUCGUCAUCAUGAUGCCAGUCCAGGUGGUCGCAUUGUGAAAGAACAUGACGAAUUUAUGAUAUAUAAUUAG